AAAGAGAAAGGGUGGCAGAGAGAGAGAGAGAGAGAGGCAAAGAGGAGGGGGUGGUGGUUAAAUGGUCAGUGCGUUUGUGAUGCUGUCAUUGUUCAGUUAGUCCAGCGGUUUGUCAGAGUCAGUCCAUGUCGCUCUCACUCUGGAUGAGCUUUUCCAGCCGGCUUUUUUGGAUUUACUCUGCUGCCACGUGCCGCACAUCUGCCACCCAGGAGUCUGUGGUCUGCUGCCGGGAUUUGCUUUCAUCUCUGGAUGUGCUGCUGCAGUCGGGGCACACCAGUCUGCCGGUCUACGUGUGUCGCAUGUGCGUGUGUUCCUGUGUCUGGUGUGUGCACUGACAUUCGGUUCGGGGCUCACCAUAGUCGUAUGGAUUUAGUCUGGAAUGCUGAGAGACUCCAGUCAAGAAAAAAAGGCAAUUGUGGAAUAUUUGGGAAUGUUUGGAAUUUUUUUCCUUUUUCCUAUGAUGGUUUUGGCUCAGGAAGUGGGAGAUACAGAUUUAGCUUGACUGUCUGACUUUUUUUUCGCAUUUUAAUCUGUUUCCUUCUCCACUUUUUAUGGAAUACAUACUUGCAGUGUGAAUUGAGCUCUAAAACUCUGUAACCGACGCUUCAGCAAGAUCAUCCUGGUGGAAGUGGUGCCGGUGUGUGUGAGUGGCAUGUGUGGGUUAGGGGUGUAAAAAUGCAUCGGAAGGUGCUGAUUUUUGGAAUAUUAGAAUUGGUUUUGCAAUGUUAGAAUUGAUUCUAAUCCAUUAUAACAGCAUUCAGUAAAGUUUACGCUCAUUUUAUGGCCACAGAUGAAUUCUCUGGCUAUUUUCAAAUGCCCACAGAAAAGUUUGCUGCAUGGAUUAUAUUGUCUGUAUGAAUAAUUCGUCCACUGACAUUUGAAUAUUCAAUGUAAAUUUUUAAAUAAUUAAUCAAAUUCAAUCGAAUUGUGAUGAAGUUUCAGUCAUGAUGCUUUGAAUUGCUUUAAAAGAAUCUUAAUUGAAUCAAACCGUCAGGGACUUACACCCCUAGUGUGUGAUUGUGUGUGUAAUGUGGGCAGCGAGUGGGUUGCCGAUGGCGAUGCCUGCAGCGUGCCCACGCGUAUGUAUUCCGGAGUGGAGUUUUCGUGAUGCUGUAGGGGUGGACUGCAGCGCUCCUGAGCCGCGCUGUAUAUGGGUUGCCGUGUUACGGAGCGAUGCACCCAACACACACCCUCAGAACUUCCAAACACACACACCUGACGCCACACAUGGCCGACCCAGCAGAGCCACCCAGAGAGCACCGACUGAGAGCAGGGCAAAGGGGCGAAGAGAUGGGACCUCAUCGUCUGGUGAGAACCCUCGGCCGGUGUUGGCGGGCGGGGCUGAUGGGAGGGGCGUGUCCUGGCAGGGCCCACGGACGCUGGUGCUCCAUAAGAACUCUCUUGGCUUCGGAUUCACCCUUCGCCACUUCAUCGUGUACCCGCCUGAAUCCGCCCUGCACACUAGCCUCAAGGAUGAGGAAAACGGAAAUGGAAAGGGCCUCCAGCGGAGUCGUCUAGAGCCGAUGGACACCAUAUUUGUGAAGAAUGUGAGGGAGAGAGGCCCUGCCCACCAGGCAGGUUUGUGCACAGGUGACAGGCUUGUGAAGGUGAAUGGAGAGAGUGUGUUGGGUAAGACGUACUCCCAGGUGAUAGCGCUCAUUCAGAACAGUGAGAGUGUAUUGGAACUCUCCAUUAUGCCAAAGGAUGAGGACGUGCUGCAGCUGGCGUACUCACAAGAUGCCUACCUGAGAGGGAACCAGCCGUUUAAAGGAGGGGCCCAGAAUCUUCCACCGCCACCUCCUCUCUGCUACCCCCCACGCUCUAAAUCCCAGCCUCCCCCAAGUCAUACCUCCUGCCCUGUUCCUUCUCGAGUCCAAAUGGGGCAGAACCAACUGGACAACUGGAGCCGCUGGCCCGGCUCCUCCUCCUCUGGCCCCUCACCACCGCUUGACAACCGGACCACUGUCCCUCCUCCUGGGACUGUCUGGGCUGCAGAGGGACGUGGCUGUGACCCAGGGGGCCACAGUAGCCCUGCCCACCGGACAGAGGAGAUUCGGUACGGCAUGACUGAGAGGACCCAGCAGGCGGUGGGACAGAUGAGGGGACGCUCUUAUUCGUCAUCUUCUUCCUCAGGGGGGGCCUUAGCAAGCCCGCUGCACCACGAUCACUAUGGUAACCAAGGUGUUGCUCCUGCAUCGGGAUGGAGAAGCCCACCACAGACUACUCCUACACCCCCAUCCAGCCGCAAUGAACGCACCCAACAAGCCCUUAGCAAGUGGUACUACAGCCAGAUAAGCGAGCGGGAGCGGGAACGCCCCAGUGUCCGCUCGCUGCACCCACGGCAGCGCAGCUUUUCGCAGGACCGUCUAGGGGAGCUGAACCGGACAAGACGGGCCCAGAGGGCAGAUUUCCCCCACAGCGCCUCUCAGGAUACCCUGCUUCACUUGCAGCAGCCAGGGUCUGGGCCCCGCACCCACUGGCAGGGAGAGAACGCUGUUUUGGCUUAUAACCGUGCAAGAUCCGAAAACCUUCUCAGAACUCGGUACGGACAUUCAGGACGCUCGCUAGAGGCUCUGGACCGAGCUCCCAGUGUGUUCUCUCCACAUCAGGAGAGGCCAGCCUGGGGUAGCCAGCAGCCCCAAUCCAGGGCUGAGGCUUUCCAGAGACAAGGUGGCCACUACAGCCCAGCACAGACACCCCCUACUGUCCGGCGUGCUCAGGCAUCCCAACAACAUUUGGCUCCACAUGAGCAGCACCGGAUGCAACACACACCUCAGCACCAAAACCUCACACACUUGCCCCAGCACUCCAUGCAGGCCUCUCAACCACAGCAGGCUGUGCCUCAGACCCGCCGCCUACCAUCCUGCCAGAGCCUGGAUGAACAGCCCAUGUCUAUGGGCUACCGCAGCUACAGCCCUUCCUUCAACCGCAAAACAGGACGCAUACUGCAGCAGGCCCACUCCUUCCGGGACCCGUCCUACACGGGCCCUCACCUCAGCUGGACACCCACACCCAAGACCAGCCCUCCGGAGGGUGUAGCCCCGCCUCCUGCCCCAUCCCCUGCCCCCCCUACCAGCUCUGCCACACCCACGCCCCCUGAAGGGCAGGACAGAACUCACCGACCAACCAAUCAUGAAAGAGGGGGUGGGGAAACGGAAGAGGUGCAAGCGCAGGUACAGGAAGUGGUGCUAAGACAGAAGCCACCAAUGGGGCGAAGAGGUGGCAACACAAACCGUCACCCACAUUAUGCCUUGGCUCUUGACGACAGCGACCCACUGCUUUUCACGUCUGACCCCACGGAAGCCCCACCAAAAGCCGAGAGUUCCAUCUCCCAGCGACGCGCCAAUGGUAAUCUAGCACCACUAUCUGUGGAGGAUGACUCACUGGCCUCUAUCCCCUUUAUUGAUGAACCGACCAGUCCGGGUGCAGAUUUGCGGGCGUGUCACGUCCCCGCCUCCUCCGUCGUGUCCAGUGGGCUUAAAUCGGCCCCCGCUGUGGCCACCAGCCCGGCAUCCCCCACCUUCACCUUCCCUCUCAGCCGACUCUUCUCCCACGACUGCAGCAGCAUUAAGUCUAGUCGUCGCUCCUCCUACCUGUUGGCCAUCACCACCGAACGCUCCAAAUCAUGUGACGAGGGCCUCAACACCUUCAGGGAUGAUGGACGAGUUUUCUCGAGAUUGCCAAAGAGGGUUAAGAGCUUCUUUGGUGAUGGGUCUCUAGAAAGUCUGAAGGCCACUGAGGAUGCUCGCUCUAAACGGCACUCUACCUCGGAGCUGGGCAGCAUCAGCUACAGUGACGUCAGGAGAGAAGGCUGGCUCCACUACAAACAGAUCCACACUGAGAAGGGCAAGAAGGUGGGCAGUGCCAUGCGUCCGUGGAGGCGGGUCUUUUCGGUGCUGCGCUGUAAUUCGCUCUACCUCUACAAAGACAAACGGGAGGCGCUGCUGAAGGGGUCUGCCCUCGGGGGUGGGUCUGAGGAUGAGCAGCCGAUCAGCAUCCGGGGUUGCCUGGUGGACAUCGCGUACAGUGAGACGAAACGCAAGAACGCACUGCGGCUGACCACGCAGGACUUCUGUGAGUACCUGCUGCAGGCAGAGGACCGGGACGACAUGCUGGACUGGAUCAAAGUAAUCCGAGAGAGCAGCAAGACCGACAGUGAGGACUUGGGCUUCUCUCGCCAAGCUCUCAUCAGUAAGAAACUGAAUGAUUACAGGAAACAGAGUCCAACAGGCAAUAAGCCAGACUCCUCUCCUCGAGUGCCACGCAUGCCCUUCCUGCUCACCAAGGCCGAUAACAGCAGCGCACCCCCACGCUCUCCCAAACACGAGGCCAAAGAGGAAAGUAGUCCUCCCAAGUCUCCAUGGGGCAUCAACAUCAUGAAGAAGGUGAAGAAGGCAGGGCCAAAAGCUUUCGGAGUGCGCCUGGAAGACUGCCAACCUGCUGCCAGUACCAAGUUCAUUCCCUUGAUUGUGGAGAUCUGCUGUGGGCUCGUGGAGGAGAUGGGCCUGGAGUACACAGGCAUUUACAGAGUACCAGGAAACAACGCUGUAGUGUCCAGCUUACAGGAGCAACUCAACAAGGGAUGUGACAUCAACACUGCAGAGGAGCGGUGGCAGGACCUGAACGUGGUGAGCAGUCUGCUCAAGUCUUUCUUCCGAAAACUCCCUGAACCCCUCUUCACUGACGACAAAUACAAUGACUUCAUUGAGGCCAACCGUAUGGAGAAUGCAAGUGACAGACUGAAGACCCUGAAGAAACUGAUUCACGAUUUGCCAGAUUACUAUUUCCACACUUUGAAGUUUCUGAUUGGUCACCUGAAGACAGUAGCAGACCACUCUGAGAAGAACAAGAUGGAGCCACGUAAUCUGGCGCUGGUAUUUGGCCCCACUCUUGUACGAACAUCAGAGGACAACAUGACGGACAUGGUCACCCACAUGCCUGACCGCUACAAGAUUGUCGAGACUCUCAUCCAGCAUUAUGCCUGGUUCUUCAGUGAGGAACAUGACAAGGAUGAAAAGACGCCAGUGGACACAGAAGAUGUUCAGCCUGCCCCUAACAUAGACCACCUCUUAUCUAACAUUGGCCGAACUUGCCUUCUAGGAGAUGCCUCAGACUCAACCAACAGUGAUUCAGCAAAAUCAAAGGGGUCAGGGGGGUCAAAACGUGACCUCUCAGCCAAGGACUUUCUGACCACACUGUCCAUCAUGUCUGCUGUGGCACGCAAGCGCAGAAAACGGCCCGUCGCCCACCUCCUGGGUAGCAGCACUGAUGAUGACUCUGAGCAAGAGGCAAUCAGAGCUGGCCUCACAGGUGAGGGGGAGGAGCAGGAGACGGGGCCAGUUCAGUCUGAUACUGCCCCGUGUGCAGAGGCGGAGGAGGACGAAGACGAAGAAGAGGACGAAGAAGAGGAUGAAGGCGUAAAAGAGACGGAAUGUGUUCAGAAAGUUAAGGCCACUCCCAGCAUGCCUUGUAGCGAGGAGGCCCAAUCGGUGCUCCUGAGCGAGGAAGAGGACCAGAGGACAGAGGUCAAAAGGUCAGGAGGUUGGAGAGGAGAAGAUGCACGCUCCAUUGUCUCGGGUUACUCCACCCUUUCCACACUUGGUCGGAGCUUAGCCUCAGAGGGGCGGGGCGAAGACGCAGAUGACGAACAGAGCGAACUGGUAAGCGAAACAGAUAACGAAAGUGGCUUCGCCUCGCGCUCCCUCACCCAGGAGCGUCCUGAAAAGCACACACCCACCCCUGCAUCUCCCCAGCGUACAAACACUUCACACACUUCACCAGGACCAGCUGCCCCUCGUAGUUUCCUCUACACACACUUUAAAUCCUCCACAUCAAAUCCUGCUCCUGAACACAUUUCUGCUCCCACAAACCACAAAAGCCCCACCCCUGACCCCACAGAAAGGGUCAGUGAAGGAGUAGCACGUCCAUCCACCCCCUCAGUUUCUUCUUACUCAUCUUCUGCCUCCCAGCGCCUCCACAGCCGGCCCUCCUUCAACUCCCAUCGCCUUAUUCAGUGUGACACUUUAGCCCGCCGCAGGCUAAAGUCAGAGAAAGGUAAAGCUCGUUCCCUGGACCUUCUGGACCUGUCCAGCACUUCAGCCACAGAGGAUGAACAACGGCCCAGUGUUGGACAAACAAAGACCCAAAUUGCUAACUCCUCCUCUUCCACUUCCCCCUCUCCAUCUUCAAGAACCGAACUGAACCCAGAUGGCGGUCAAGAAAGUACCCCAGCCCCCUCUAGCCACAGUGAGGGGCGUCCCUUCCCCCCUAGUGGGGCCACCCUGGCUGAGCAGGUGAGAGCCCGCUUGCUGGGUUCGGCCGAGGACUUGCGGGCUGCGGGCACGAGGAAGCCUCUCUCACCUGAAACGCGCAGGAAGAGGCGGGCCUGGAGGAGGCAUACUGUGGUGGCCUCGCCCACCACUGCCUCCACCAAAGCCUUGCCCCUCAGUUCCGCUGUUUCCACCAGCAACAACAACAACAAGCCUCCUGCACUGCCCCCCAAACCGUCUGUGCUGAUCGGCCGUGCUGGAGCACAGUCCCUCCCCCAGCACUCCGAGGUCGACGCUACAUGCCGGGCUCCGCUUGCCUCCCAUUUUCCCGAAUGCCUGUGACAACAAAGACAGUGCCCAAUAAACCAGUAUAUGGCUGCAGCUGCCACUCCCACAGCUCACUAGCACCACUCUCAAGGCGUUUUUGGUUUAAUACGUGCAUAGUAUUGAUCAGUGCAUAGAAUUGAUCUCACAGCUCUUUGGUUGUUUGGAUUUUCAUCAAUGUUACUUUUUAGAGUUAAAUCAGGGUUGCCAACUCUCGCAGUUUUAGGUCUUUUCUUAAGCUGUCAUGUCAUGCCAAGAAAUAUAAUGCCAGUGAAUGGUCAAGCAACAUUUAACAAAUUUGCAAGCCACUGUUUUGUUCUUUCUGCAGAAUAGCCCCUUGAGAAGACUUAGGCCCAAACCUGUUUCUUAUUUUUACCCCUACCCCUUGUUUUCGAGUGUCAUCUUACCCCUUGGAUCUGAGUUACAAGGGGUAGUGGUUGAAAUCUUCCCCUAAGAAAUGGGACACUCAAAUAAUAAGCAUUACUUCAUUAUCAAGCUACUAGUGCUGCUCUGGAGGCAACCCUGCCAGUCUGCAGAGAUAGCAGAGUAGAAUAAAGUUCAGCAACAUCACUGCUGGGCUUUAGUUACAUUUAGGGGAUCAUAUGUCUUCAAAGAGGGGGGAUGUGACAAUUAUUUAUUAUUGCCCACCCCUAAUUCUUCAGUGAUAGGAAGCUGAAGUCAGCUAUUCAUCCACUACUUGUUCAGAUUUUUGCCUUAAAUAGUACCAGAAUGUAACUGCUGCACCAUUUAAGGUGGAAUGGGAAAUUUAGCUAGCUAGCUGCCGAAACAUCAGAAUACUACUAGUGAUUUUUAUGAUUGUUAUGAAAAAAGGACCAUAAUAUAAUGAAACAACAUUAAACUAAGAUAAUACAUUGGUCAUCAAGUCAAAGUUUAUUUAUAUAGCGCUUUUUGCAACAGGUGUUGUCACAAAGCAGCUUUACAGAGAAAUCCAGGUCCAUCCCCCUAUGAGUGUCGCCAGUGGUGAGAGUGGCAAGAAAAAUCUCCUUAAGAGCAAGAGCACGAAACCUUGAAAGGAACUAAGACUCAAAAGGGGAACCCAUCCUCUUCUGGUCGACACCGGAUAGCAGACAGCACAAAAAGUACAUUUGUUUCUUUGGCCGCUCGCGCAGCCAUCUUGCUGGUUUUUCAAACACCCUGUUUGGAGUGACCCUCUGAAAAACCUCAGUUUGGAGGGCCAUGUGGCUCUAACACUUUACCCUACCACUCUAUUUCAACAAAAAUCAGAACACCCUACCCCUAGGUGUGAACGUACAAAAAGGAGGGCUGAAGGGGUGAAGUGAGAUUGGGCCUUUGACUGUAUCACCCACAACUCCGCCUUUUUAUGUUUCUGUAGCACAGGGGAGUAUGUGAACGUGAUUUUGCCUGACAGAGGAGCGGCUUUAGAAAGCUAGAGCGUCAUGGCUCAACAUUUGCGAAGCUCAGCUACUGAUGCCUUCAAGUUCAAGUUUCUGUUUGGUUUAACGUCAGCUCCCCGCUACCUGCAGCCAACAGCGUUGAGGCAGUUACUUUAAAGUUCCUUUACAAAUUCUCUCAGUACUCAUCACAUUACAUCUAAGGUACUCUCUAAAACACAUACACAUCUGUACUAAUUGGAAAGUAUAAGGGGAUAUUCAUUCAUAUGUAGCUAUUAUUUAGGUAUUUUUGACUUAUUGAGAUGCUUCCAAUCAUCACUUUGUGUUCUACAAAUACAUAGCAGCGCUAGUUAUGCUAGCAGGCUAACAAGGUAGUACGUUGUGUAUAAGAAUUACUAGUCACUUUAUUAAAGCACAACUCAUGCUGUGUAAUUAAAUUUCCACCAGAGAGGUGCAUAGUGUAGCUUGAAGUAGUG